UGCUUAAGAAACUCUCAGCUGUCGGCUUCAGACAUUUAAAGCCCUCUCUUCCCAACUGUUAGCUAAUUACCAUCCAACUACUUGCAUAUUAAUGUCAUGAAUCUCGGUACUUUACCGUACUUGGACCCUUUCUUUUCCACCAAAAUCAGAACAACGAUGGAAGGAUACGAACAAGUGUCCGUGACGAAACAGAGGCGAAAAGCCUACAAAAGCCGGUGUCUAACUGUUGCCAGCGUGCUUCUCGGAUGCCUUUUGCUGUCAUCCAUCAUCGUUCUCAUCCUCGCCUUUACCGUCUUCAAAGCCAAGCAGCCUAGAACCAAGCUCAUUUCAGCAGCACUCGAUGGAGUCUCUCCUCGCAUCUCGUUCCCUGUUGUUAAUAUUCAACUGAACAUCACGCUGAAUCUCCAAUUCCUUGUUGAAAAUCCGAACCAUGCCAGCUUCAAGCAUGGUCCGGGAAAGAGUUUCCUUUUGUAUCGAGGUGAUCAGUUUGGGGAGGCUGACAUCCCGCCGGGUGACAUACCGGCUAGGAGCUCCGCUACGUUUUCCAGCAGGCUUGUACUCCAGGUUGAUGAGAUGGCGUCUAAUAUAACAGCUUUGAUCGACGAUGUAUUGAACGGCGAACUGGUCGUGGAUACUCGAACACGGAUUCCGGGCAGAGUUACGUUCCUGAAGGUUUUCAAGAAGCAUGCGGUUGUUACAUCCGAAUGCCAUGAGUCAAACCUGUAAGUUGGUGCAAGUCAACCCAUUUCACCAUACCAUCUUUUUGUUUUAGUUUUCAACUUUUCAUCCUUUUGUACAAUAAGUAAUACUAGUUAAAUACGAUUA